AUGUGGUGCUCCACACUGUGCUUAGCCACAGCUGUGGAGAUUGCCGGCUUGGUAAGCACCUCGGACUUCAGACAUGACACUCCAAACUGCCACCUUCAGAAGUUCUCCGAUGACUCUGCGAUUGUUGGCCUCAUUACAGAAGGGGAUGAUCGGGAGUACAGGGGACUGACAAAGGACUUUGUGGACUGGUGCCAGCAGAAUCUCCUCCAGAUCAACCCGAGGAAAACUAAGGAGUUGGUUGUGGAUUUCUGCAAGAAAAAGUCCUCACCAACACCGAUGAACAUCCAGGGUAUGGACAUAGAGAGGGUGACCUCCUACAAGUACCUUGGUGUUCUUCUGAACGACAAACUGGACUGGUCUACAAACACGGACACCCUGAUUAGGAAAGGACAGAGCCGACUCUUCCUACUCAGGAAACUGAGGUCUUUUGGGGUUCAGGGGUCACUCCUUAAGACGUUCUAUAACUCGGUGGUGGCCUCGGCCAUCUAUUAUGGCAUUGUCUGCUGGUCAGGCAGCAUCUCGGCCCGGGACAGAAAGAGACUGGAGCGACUGGUCAGGAAGGCCAGUUCUGUCCUGGGUUGCUCCCUUGACACUCUGGAGGAGGUGGGCAACAGAAGGAUGCUAACUAAGCUAAAAGCUAUGAUGGCCAGUCCCUCCCACCCCCUCCAGCCCGCCCUGACAGCACUUGGUAGCUCCUUCAGCCAGAGACUGUAACACCCGCACUGCAAGAAGGAGAGAUACCGACGCUCUUUCCUACCGACUGCUGUCAGGCUGCUGAAUAAAAAUAACAAUAAUAAUAAUAAUAGUUAAAUGAUGUGAUGUGUGUGAUGUGAAAAACAAUUGUAAAUAGCACUGCGAUUUAUCCAUUUUGUAUUUAUAUUGCACUUAAUUGAAUGGUGUUUGUUUGUUUUUUCUUCUUUAUACCCACAUUCUUGCUGCUGGACACUUUAAAUUUCCCCAGUGUGGGACAAAUAAAGGAUAUC